CGACUCCGUGAGUCUUUCGCAGCCAUGAAGGGCUACUAUACGGCGUGUGUGACUUUGUUGGUGACUCUCUGUGUCGCCAAUGUCGUUGAGGGCCACGGUAGAUUGACGGAACCGCCGGGCAGAUCCACCGCUUGGAGAUUCGGAUUCAAAACUCCUCCGAACUACAACGACAAUGAACUGUUCUGUGGCGGACUAGGCAGGCAACACAAGAUAAACGGAGGUCGAUGCGGAGUCUGUGGCGAUCCCUGGGAUGUGCCAACCCCGAGAGCGAACGAAGACGGUGGCAGAUACGGAAGAGGGGUCAUCGUUCGCAAAUAUUACCAAGGAGAGACCAUUGACGUCUCGGUUGACAUCACGGCGAACCAUAACGGGCGUUUCUGGUUCAGGCUCUGUCCUGCUGACGGGGAAGUCAAUCAGGAGUGCUUCGACCGACAUGUGUUGCACAUCGAGGGAUCCGGCGACAGCUGGGAGCUUGUGAACAAUGCGACAGGCUUGUACAAGUUCAGAGUUCGACUCCCGGAGAAUGUUACUUGCGAACGCUGUGUUCUGCAGUGGGACUGGACCGCUGGGAAUCAAUGGAACAUAUGUCCGGAUGGCCGCGGACGCAGAGGCUGUGGACCUCAAGAAACUUUCAGAGGCUGUGCAGAUAUUAGCAUCGCGUAGAGAGGGAUAACGAAUAAAAAAUAAUAAUACUGAUCA